AUGUCCUACUUAUCACCAUCGGUGUCAUCAAUAGAGGAACUACAUAAAGUUCAACCGAGUCCCAUAUAUGUUUUAGAGGAAGAUAAUCAAUCAACAGACUCAAACAAGAAACCCAAAAAAUCAACUUCAAAAUGGUUAAUUCCAGUAUUAUACAAGAUUCAAAAAUAUAGUGCAUAUUCAUUUUUAUCAUUUAUAGGUAUACAUUUAACAUCAGUCAUAGUGGUUCCAAUUUUACCAAUAAAACCUGAAUUAAAAGAUGAAGUAUUUUCAAUUACAAAAGCUAUUUAUCAUGAUAUUCCAUUUUAUGAAUCUUUGGUUAUUAUUGGUUCUUCAUUAACUCAUGUUGUAUCUGGAAUAGCGUUAAGGAUUGUUAAAAAUUACAAAAGAGGUCAAGGUUCACACAAACAUGCAAUUAAAAAUUCAGAAAAUAUUAUUAAAAUCAACAAUAGUAAUUUAAGUCUAAGAGAAAAUGAUGAUGAAAUAGGAUUAGGUGGAAUAUCUUCAAUUUUUGGAUUAGGUUAUAAGAAAUCAUUCACUACAAAAUAUUCUAAUCUAACACCAUUACAAUUCUCAGGAUAUUUAGCAAUUCCAUUUUUAUUGUAUCAUUUUUAUAAAUUUAGAUAUAUACCAUUAUCAAUUGAAGGAGACUCGUCAUUAAUAAAUUUAGAUUAUAUAAAAUAUGUUCUCAAUUUGAAAAAUCCUAUUUUGAAUCAAAUUUGUCUAAGUGGAUUAGUAUGGGUAGUAAGUUAUCAUGUAACAAAUGGAAUUUUAAAAUUAAAUUCAUUAUAUUCAAAAAAUUGGAAAAGAAUUGGUCUUGUUGUUUUAAACACUGUUGGAAUAUUAGGGAUGAUUAGUGUUUGGUUGUUCAAAAAUGAUAAAUCAUUUGUUUUACAAAAUAAUGAUUUUGUUAGUAAAGCUUUUAAGAAAUAUUUAAAUUCUUAUUUCUUAUAG